GUCCCCUAUUUCGAGGUCUACUUCAUGUCAUCCAACGAGCUGCUCCAGAAUACGUCAGUGUUGGCUGUUCUGCUGUUCCUGGCCCUGGUGCUACAGCGGACCUUCCUACAGGCCUCCUACUAUGUCACCAUAGAGACCGGCAUCAACCUCCGUGGAGCCCUGCUGGCAAUGAUCUACAACAAGAUCCUGCGUCUGUCAACCUCUAACAUGUCCAUGGGAGAGAUGACCCUGGGCCAGAUCAACAACCUGGUUGCCAUAGAAACCAACCAGCUCAUGUGGUUCCUCUUCCUGUGUCCCAACCUCUGGGCCAUGCCAGUGCAGAUUGUGAUGGGCGUGAUCUUGCUGUACUACCUGCUGGGGACCAGUGCUCUGAUUGGAGCUUCAGUCAUCGUGCUGCUGGCUCCAGUCCAAUACCUGAUCGCUACCAAGCUGGCUGACACCCAGAAGAGCACCCUGGACCAGUCUACGGAACGUCUGAAGAAGACCACAGAGAUUCUGAAGGGGAUCAAGCUGUUGAAGCUGUACGCCUGGGAGAACAUCUUCUGUGACAGUGUAGAAGAUACCAGGGGCAAAGAGCUCACCAGCCUCCGCACCUUCGCCCUCUACACCUCCAUGUCUAUUUUCAUGAAUGCUGCUAUCCCCAUCGCUGCUGUGCUUGUGACGUUUGUCAGCCACGCCCUGAUCAACAAGUCCAAACCCAGCUCCUCGGAGGCCUUCGCUGCUCUGGCCCUCUUCCACAUCCUGGUUACCCCACUGUUCCUGCUCUCCACCGUGGUCCGCUUCGCAGUCAAGGCCAUGGUCAGCGUCCAGAAGCUGGGUGAGUUCCUGCAGAGCGAUGAGAUUGGCGAUGACAGCUGGAGGAACGGAGACAUGUCUGUGUCCCUAGAGGCCUGUAAGAAACACCCUGGGGCGACCAAGGCUAUAAACAGGAAGCAGCCCCUGCUCUACCAGAUGGACAGCUAUGAGCAGCCAGCACGCAGACCACUGCGACCCAACGAGACUGAGGACGUGGCUGUCAAGGUGAACGGUGGAUUCUUCACAUGGGGAAGCAACUUGUCAACGUUGUCCGACAUCAACAUCUGCGUUCCAACAGGUCAGCUGACCAUGAUCGUGGGCCAGGUGGGUUGUGGGAAGUCGUCCCUGUUGCUGGCCAUGCUGGGAGAGAUGCAGACCCUCAGUGGAAAGGUCUACUGGAGCAAACUGCCUGUGAGUGAGAUGCUGCACGAGGCCAACAGUUGUUUUGAGACGGACGGGUCUUUUGAAGAAACCAGGAGUAAGAACAGGUACUCUGUGGGCUACGCUACCCAGAAGUCUUGGCUGCUGAAUGCCACCGUGGAGGAUAACAUCACGUUUGGCAGUCCCUUCAACAAACAGAGAUACAAGACUGUGAUUGACGCCUGCUCCCUGCAGCCUGAUGUAGACCUCCUGCCCUUCGGAGACCAGACGGAGAUCGGAGAGAGGGGGAUCAACCUGAGUGGAGGCCAGAGACAGAGGAUAUGUGUGGCUCGGGCUCUCUACCAGAACACCAACAUCGUCUUCCUGGAUGACCCGUUCUCAGCGCUGGACAUCCACCUGAGUGACCACCUGAUGCAGGAGGGCAUCCUGAAGUUCCUACAGGAUGAUAAACGCACCGUGGUCCUGGUCACACACAAACUGCAGUACCUCAUCCACGCUGACUGGAUCAUAGCCAUGAAGGAUGGCUCAGUGCUGAGGGAAGGCACUCUGAAGGACAUUCAGACUCAUGAUGUAGAACUGUAUGAACACUGGAAGACCCUGAUGAACAGACAGGACCAGGAACUAGAGAAGGACACUGAGAUUGAUAACUGUCAGACUGCUCUGGAGAGGAAGACCCUGAGAAGAGCUUUCUACUCCAGAGAGGCCAAGAACCAGGUCGACGAUGACGAAGAAGAGGAGGAAGAGGAGGAGGAAGAGGACGACAACAUGUCGACGACCACCAGUCGGCGCUCUAAGAUCCCGUGGAGGGUGUGCUGGCAGUACCUGUCCUCUGGUGGCUUCCUCAUGGUCUUCCUCAUGGUCUUCUCCAAGCUGCUGAAACACUCCGUCAUGGUCGCCAUCGACUACUGGCUGGCCGAAUGGACUGCUAAAGGCAAUGUCCCAGUCAAUGGGACUGCUAAUGGCGAUGGCCCAGUCAAUGGGACUGCUAAUGCCUCAUGUGGUCUGCCUGACUCCUACUAUGUGCCAGUGUUUAUCAUCCUGUGUGGAGCGGGGAUAGCCCUGUGUCUGAUCACCUCUCUGACUGUGGAGUUCCUGGGUCUGUCUGCUGCUACCAACCUGCACCACAACCUGCUCAACAAGAUCAUCCACGCACCUAUCAGAUUCUUUGACGUGACCCCCUUGGGCCAGAUCCUGAACCGUUUCUCGGCUGACACCAACAUAAUAGAUCAGCACAUCCCUCCUACCCUGGAGUCUUUGACCCGCUCCACUCUGCUUUGCCUGUCAGCCAUCGGGGUCAUAGCGUUCGUCACCCCAAGCUUCCUCAUCGCUCUGGUUCCUCUGGCUGUGUCCUUCUACUUUAUACAGAAGUACUUCCGGGUCGCCUCAAAGGACCUUCAGGACUUAGAUGACUCCACCCAGCUUCCUCUGCUCUGCCACUUCUCUGAGACUGCAGAGGGACUCACCACCAUCCGAGCAUUCAGACAUGAAUCUCGAUUCAAGCAGAAGAUGCUGGAGCUGACAGAUACCAACAACACAGCCUACCUGUUCCUCUCUGCUGCCAACCGCUGGUUGGAGGUCAGAACGGACUACCUGGGUGCUGUCAUUGUGUUAACAGCAGCAGUAGCCUCAAUAUGGAGCUCUGGCAAGAACCUUCCCUCUAGCAUGGUGGGGUUAGGCCUGACCUACGCGCUUACAGUGACCAACUACCUGAACUGGGUGGUGAGGAACCUGGCUGACUUAGAGGUCCAGGUGGCUGCUGUCAAGAAGGUCAACAGCUUCCUGAGUACAGAGUCUGAGAACUACGAAGGCUCCAUGGGUAAACUAAACACUCCCACACCAAAUGCUGCUUCCCAAUACCCUGGAGUCUCUUGUGACAGAGGCUGGACAGUGCACACACAAGAUGUGGUUUAA